AUGCGCGUAAAAAAAACUACGCCGGUCGGAGCGAUCAAGUUGUGGAAUUGGCCACCGACACCGGACGAGGACGUGCCAUCCGUCCGUGCGAAAGGCGUGUUGGUGUGGCGCGCCAUCGCACUCCUUCUGCACCACCACACUCCCUCGACAGGGCCCUCUCGGCACCCUUGUUCUUCUUCCUCGCUCUUCCUAGACCUGGUGGGAAGUAGGCUCGAAGUCGACGCGCCUUUGCAACCGGUGCUUCCUCCUCUUCCACCUGCUCUCCAAUCCCUCAUCCUCACCCCACGCAUUUCCUCUUUUCUCUUCCUUCUCCUCAUCCUCAUCAUCCACCCUUCUGGCGCCAUCCCAGCAAACAAUCCUUUGCCCCCCACCAUAUCAGACGAGCUCGUCAGCUCACCACAUCCGCUCGACACUGCCUACAGCUUUUUUGGCCUCCUACAUCAUCCACGUCGGCUUCCGCAUCACGUUGCAUUGACCAAGAGCUCCAUAGGCCCUUGGUCGAGACCAGCCGAAUCGCUCGUCGGUGCCUGGCUGCUGCUGUCGCCGUACAAGCUUCUCUUACCUUCGGGAAGCGGCCCGACCCAGCAUGCCGAAUCCUCCACACGGUCUUGUGCGUUGUCGAUUGCCUUUGCAGCUUCGCAGCUGCAAUACCCACCGUCGCCGACGCUGCCGAGCCUCGAUCGCGCUCGCGCAAAUGCCGGCGAAUGCUCCCCGCCACACUCGCCCUCCCAUGCUCCGCCGACGUCUAUCCGACACGUCCUGGCCCGCGGGCCUCGAUCGUGCUCAUCCACACCGGAUGCCACGCUCCUGGUCGCCGUCGAUCCGGUCGCAUCAACUUCGGCUGCCUGCCUUCUAGAUUUGGCAGACUCUUCGAUGCAAGCGCAUGAAACUAACGCCUUCCCUUCUUCCUCUUCCCAACGCCACCUUCGACCGACAUCCCCUCUUUACCGCCGCACCCCCCACCAAUAUCGCCAACCCCUUCGACAUCCAUCGCAUCGUCUCUCCGCCGCUACCUACGGCUUCCUCACCGCCAUACCGCCCACAGAAGGCUAG